AUGCGCUUCGUGAUAGGAUUCCCCAUCGUACUCUCGGUGGUGGGCUUUGUCCUGGCCAUCCUGGCGCUGUUCGCGGGCGAACGUCGCGGGUUUCUGGAGGAGUACCACAUCAUCAUGCUCAACACGUCGGCGCUGGGCCAUACCAAACUCCUCCCCACCCCGGCAGGCGACAACAAACCCACGACGACGACGACGACGGGGGGCCACGGCAUCGGCGGCUUCUUCAGCAAGGUGGCCCACAGCGCCACGGCCGCCGCGGGCGCGGUGGAGAGCGAGCUGGCCAAGCUGGGCGACAAGUUCGCCGACAAGCUCGCCGACGAGAUCGGCAUCCACGAGUUCUACUCGCUGCACGUCAUGAACGCCUGCGAGGGCGAGUUCGCGCCCAACGCCACGGCCCCCGGCGCCGGGUACAACGUCACCAACUGCACGGAGCCCAUGAACGCGGGCCAGAUGAACGUCUCGGCGCUGCUGGACCAGCAGCUCUCCGUCGGGCCCCUGGGCCUGAGCCUGUCGGACCUCGGCGUCACGCGGGACCUGCAGCACGAGCUCAACAAGAUCCCGGGCCUGCUGCGCGCCAUCGCCGUGCUCUACAUCCUCGGCGCCGGGCUCGCGGGCCUGUCCAUGCUCGCGUCCGCCGCGGGCCUGUUCGCCUACGCGCGGCACCCGCGCUCGACGAGCCUGGCCAACGCCGGGCUGGGCGCGCUCGCCGCCCUGCUCCUGCUCGUCGCCAACCUGGUGACCACCGUCGGCGGCAGCAAGGCCGCCGGCGCCAUCAACAAGUACGGCGACGGCAUCGGGCUGCGGGCGUCGUCCGGCGGCAAGUUCGUCGCCAUCACCUGGGCGGCGUUCGCGGCCAUGUGCCUGGCGGCGGCGUACUGGACGUACGAGCUGUUCAUGGCGAGGAAGGCGAGGAGGUCCGGCCGCGGCGGCGCCUCGCGCAGGUUUGGCGAGAAGCAGCGGUACUCGUCAGAGGAGAAUCCUCGGCGAUAG